GCGGACCGCCGGAGACCUAAAUCCGACGCGGGCAAGAUGGAUUUCAAAGGCGUCUCUCAGGCCGCCGGGCCGACGGGGCUGCCGAAACACGAAAGAGGCUCGCCUUUGACAGAAAAAGAAACGGGUGGCGGGUCUCUUCCGGGCCUUCAAACCAACGCUCGGCCUCUCGCUCUUGUCCCGGACUGCGAACAUUCAGAGAGAGGUGGCGCCACGGCACCUCGCCGAGAAUGCUUUGAGAAUCGGCGAGCCCCGACUGCCGUUGAAUUACAGGCGGCGGCUUUUUUCGGUCAGGGCUCGGCGUCUGAAAACAUGUCUCUGGUCAACUUGGAGAUGGCAGCAUUGAGCCCGCAUGGGAAAGAAAGUCCGUGCGCAGCGACGGGUGCGCUCCCUCUUAGCGGAGCAGAGACGGCGGCUCCCUUAGCUCCGAUACAUGGGCGACCUGCCUUGGUUCAGUAUCAAACUGUAAAACCUUUGGCAUCCGACUCGGAGUUGGCCGAAGAAGGACAAAAGAAGGUUGGAGUGAGCCGGUUUUCCUUUUUUUCCGGAGAGGGGACGAAAUCCACAAGUGGGCUGGAAGAGGUUCUUCGUGACCGCACCAGAAACGGUUCCCCCGAAAGCAUCCGAGAACCAUCAACGUCCAGAAGAGCAGCGCUGAAGGCGGGCCACAUUGUCGGUGGGACCGGAUCCGGCAAAGUGCGCGAAAAGCCUUCCGCCAUGGUCCGAAGCCAGCGGCAGAAGCAUUUCAUCCGCCGUGAAACUGUCAAACUUGCGACUGAGGUGGGAUUCGUUGAGGAAGGACAAGACGUAGGGGUGGAAGGAAUCCACCUGAGGGCCGUUUCACCCGCAGGCCCCGGGAGUGCGGUCCAACGGCCUGUCUGGAACCGGACGGAAGCGGGGUGUCUCCUCGGAGUCGCUUCUCCCAAAAGCGUCCCGGAACGCUCGCCGGUCCUUGCGGAAGGCCGGCCUGACUCCGGGUCCUCCCCCAUCCCCGUGGACGAUCCACCCGAGGCGGUAGCGCCUUCUGGCCGCCAGAAUGACAUCUCUUCGGAGGGUUCUGACCCGAGUGUUCAACGGUGGCUUGACACAAAGUCGCGUGGUCCCAUCGGGACGACCGACGCGACUCUCGGUCAGCCCUCAAACCCGAGCGAGGCGAUGGACAAGCGCGCAAAGCCGACCCGGGCGGCGUCGACCCCACGCGGGCCGCCGACCGAUCCUUGGGAUCGCUCCGUGGUCGCGAUGCCGACGCGACGUAGGGCGGAUGAGGAUCGCCGGGACGCGCCCACGUCCGGGAACAAAUCACGGGAAAGAAAAUGCAGGUUCUACAUAUUGGUGACAUCAGAAGAUGCCUUCUUUGCGGAAACAAAGGCUUGUUUAGAAGCGGCGGGUCACACGGCGGUACGGCCGAGCCAGUUCUUCCUCGGCGGAGAGUCUUCGUCUUUGCUCAUCAUCAUAAGGAACCAGGACAUCUCGGCGCACCUCUCUGAGGUUCCACAUCUACUGGAGCUGAAAAAGUCGCCGCAGGUGCGCUUUGCCGGCAUUGACGAACCGCACGACGUCAUGAAUCUCACCCAUCAGGAACUGUUCCUCAGCGGCGGCUUUGUGAUGUUUGAUGGGCCGUCCCUCGAAGCCCUCAGCCUGGACGAGGUGAAAAGAUUGAUGGAAGUCCUGCAAGAGCUGAACAAAACGGGAAAGUGGAAGUGGUUGCUACACUACAGAGACAGUCGGCGAUUCAAGGAGAACGCAAGGUUCACUGCCGAAGCAGAAGAGAAGAAGGACUUGCUGAGCUGGUGUCAAGAGACGGGCCUGUGCGCAGUUUUGCCCUACCACCAAUGCGACACCAAGUCCACGGAUCAUCCCGACUAUCUGGCUUGUCUGGUGCACUCGCAGGUCCAGAACAUUGCGGCCCGUUUUCCCGUGUUUGUGACCGAUACAAGGAGCGCUGAGCAAUUUGAGAAGAAUGGAAUUCUGACGGCGACCAAGGACUCUUUCCUCACGCGUUUUUCGACGUGACCGCGCAACCGCCUGACCUCAACUCCGCCGUGCCGACUCGGCGACUCAAUGCAAACAAUGAACCUCAUGACUUGA